GCGCUGUAGUAUUGAUGUGGCCAAGUCGGUCUGGGUUCCACGUCACUCGGAAGGAUCAGGAUUUCACCAGACACGGAUGCGCAUACAGAAGAAGAGAAAGAUCUGAGACGUGUUAUAAAGCAAACCUCAUAGACAUUCUCUCGGAGUAAAGUCUCGUGAAGGAAGAAGAGCUGACAUCAUGACAGCCGCAGAGAAUGUGUGUUACACCCUCAUCAAUGUCACCAAUGACUCUGAACCACCAUCAGAAGUCAGCUUGAAAGCUGAUUUAGAAAAAGGGGAGAUCAAAGCCAAGACCGAGGCUUUGAAGAAAGUUAUCAUCAUGAUCCUGAAUGGUGAGAAACUUCCAGGGCUGUUAAUGACCAUCAUCCGGUUUGUCCUGCCUCUUCAGGAUCACACAAUUAAAAAACUGCUACUAGUUUUUUGGGAGAUUGUUCCCAAAACUACUCCUGAUGGCAAACUUCUUCAGGAGAUGAUCUUGGUCUGUGAUGCCUACAGAAAGGAUCUCCAACAUCCCAACGAGUUCAUCCGUGGCUCCACUCUGCGCUUUCUGUGCAAGCUGAAGGAGUCUGAGCUACUGGAGCCCCUCAUGCCCGCUAUCCGUGCCUGCCUGGAGCAUCGUCACAGCUACGUGCGUCGCAAUGCAGUUCUGGCCAUCUACACAAUCUACAGAAACUUUGAGCAUUUGAUCCCAGAUGCCCCAGAGCUGAUCCAUGAUUUUCUUGUGAAUGAGAAAGAUGCCAGUUGCAAGAGAAACGCUUUUAUGAUGCUGAUUCAUGCAGAUCAAGAUAGAGCUCUGGACUACCUUAGCACUUGUAUUGAUCAAGUGCAUACUUUUGGAGAUAUUCUACAGCUUGUCAUUGUGGAACUGAUUUAUAAGGUCUGCCAUGCCAACCCCUCAGAGAGAGCUCGCUUCAUCCGUUGCAUCUAUAAUCUGCUGCAGUCCUCCAGUCCUGCAGUUAAAUAUGAAGCAGCUGGCACACUAGUCACUCUAUCCAGCGCUCCCACUGCCAUAAAGGCUGCUGCUCAGUGCUACAUUGAUCUGAUCAUUAAAGAGAGUGAUAACAACGUCAAGCUCAUCGUUCUCGACCGCCUCAUCGAGCUGAAGGAACACCCAACACAUGAACGAGUGCUGCAGGACCUGGUGAUGGAUAUUCUGAGGGUUUUGACCACCCCUGAUCUUGAGGUCCGCAAGAAGACCCUACAGUUGGCCCUGGAUUUGGUGUCAUCCCGCAAUGUAGAGGAGCUGGUUAUAGUGCUUAAGAAAGAAGUCAUCAAAACCAACAAUGCAAGCGAGCAUGAGGACACAGACAAGUACAGGCAGCUGCUAGUUCGUACUCUGCACUCGUGUAGCGUGCGCUUCCCUGACAUGGCGGCCAGCGUCAUCCCUGUGCUGAUGGAGUUCCUGAGUGACACAAAUGAGGCGGCCGCAGCUGAUGUGCUGGAGUUUGUACGGGAGGCUAUUCAAAGGUUCGACAGCCUUAGACCUCUCAUCAUUGAGAAGAUGCUGGAGGUCUUCCACACUAUAAAGACGGUCAAGAUUUAUAGAGGAGCUUUGUGGAUUUUGGGUGAAUACUGCAGCACUAAAGAAGACAUCCAGAGUGUGAUGACAGAAGUGCGCAGAUCCUUGGGAGAGAUCCCUAUUGUGGAGAACGAGCUGAAGAAGGAGGCUGGGGAGGGGAAACCAGAGGAGGAGGUAACUGCCGCUCCAGCUCCUAAACUGGUGACAGAGAUGGGCACUUACGUCACUCAAAGUGCUCUCAGCACCUCCAGACCAUCAAAGAAAGAAGAGGACAGGCCUCCACUAAGGGGUUUUCUGAUGGAUGGUGACUUCUAUGUUGCUGCCUCAUUGGCCACCACCCUCACCAAAGUGGCCCUACGCUAUGUCGCACUUGUCGAAGACAAGAAAAGACAAAAUGCUUUUGUUGCAGAAGCCAUGUUGAUCAUGGCCACCAUCCUUCAUCUGGGCAAGUCCUCUCUACCCAAGAAACCCAUCACCGAUGAUGAUGUGGACCGCCUCUCUCUGUGCCUCAAAGUCCUGUCCGAAUGCUCACCCCUCAUGAAUGAUAUAUUCAACAAGGAGUGCCGGAAAUCUCUUUCCCACAUGCUUGCUGUCAGGCUGGAGGAAGAGAAACUCUCUCAGAAGAAAGAGUCUGAGAAGCGUAAUGUGACAGUUCAGGCAGAUGACCCCAUUUCCUUCAUGCAGCUCACGGCUAAGAAUGAGAUGACAUCCAAAGAGGACCAGUUCCAACUAAGUCUAUUGGCCGCUAUGGGCAACACUCAGAGAAAAGAGGCCGCUGACCCACUGGCCUCCAAACUUAACAAGGUGACGCAGUUGACUGGUUUCUCGGAUCCAGUCUAUGCAGAAGCAUACGUCCAUGUCAAUCAAUACGACAUCGUCCUAGAUGUCCUGGUUGUUAAUCAGACUAGCGACACUCUACAGAACUGCACAUUGGAGCUGGCAACACUUGGUGAUCUUAAACUGGUUGAGAAACCAUCUCCUCUUACAUUGGCUCCUCAUGACUUUGCCAACAUCAAAGCCAAUGUAAAGGUGGCCUCCACAGAGAACGGGAUCAUAUUUGGAAACAUAGUGUAUGAUGUGUCUGGAGCAGCCAGUGACAGAAACUGUGUUGUGCUGAGCGACAUUCACAUAGAUAUCAUGGACUAUAUCCAGCCUGCCUCCUGCACAGACACGGAGUUCCGACAGAUGUGGGCUGAGUUCGAGUGGGAGAACAAGGUUACCGUCAACACCAACAUCACAGAACUGAAUGAGUAUCUCAAACACAUCCUUAGGUCCACCAAUAUGAAGUGCUUGACCCCAGAGAAGGCUCUUUCUGGCAUCUGUGGCUUUAUGGCGGCAAACCUGUACGCCCGCUCUAUAUUUGGGGAAGAUGCCCUUGCAAAUGUCAGCAUUGAGAAGCCCAUCCACAUGGGUCCCGAUGCCCCAGUCAACGGUCACAUUCGCAUCCGUGCCAAGAGCCAGGGAAUGGCUUUGAGUCUGGGUGACAAGAUCAACCUCUCCCAGAAGAGGACAGCAUCUUAAAGCCCAAAGACUGAGGCUAUUGUGGAAAAGGAGAAGAUUCAACUAAAAAGCUCUAUGGUUGCUCCUGUCUCGUCGUCUUUAUUGCUUGUUUCUGUCUCUCCAGACUCCUGCGCUCUGACGCAAAGAUCUAAGAUCUUCAAUCCCGCAAAAUAUGUCCGAAGGGGAUUAUUUGACAUUUUCUACCAACAAGAUUCUUUUUAACUGGUCUAAAAGGGAUUGGCCUUGUUCAUCUAUAAUUUGUUUCAAUAAACACUGCACACCAUAUACUGACAA